AUGGGUGAGGCGGAGGAUCCCGACACCGGUGCUGACGAUUAUCCCAACGGAAAGGACCUGCCAAUCCAUUAUGACCCAGAUAAGGACGAGGAUUUGAAAGCGAUGGAGGGGGAGCAGGGCUCGAGUAGUGAUCAGGUUAAUGAGGAGGAAGAGGGUUUCGAGACGGACAUCCUCGUGUCCCGAAAGGACGAACUUGCUGCACUGAGCACAUUGAAAAAGUUCCGACUUACCCAGAUCAAAAUAUGCUCUUCACCGCAACGCCGACAGCGCUUCCGCAAAAUUGCGGAAGAAGUUUAUGGGGAUAAGUUACAUAUUCUUCCGGAUGGGAAGCCGGGUCGCAAAAUUGCGACACUCAUGCCAAUUCCUGACGUGAAGCACCGUCAGUAUGCACAGCGUAGCAUCCAGCGUGGCGAGCUACUGAUCAAGGCCCAAGAGAAGUGGCUCUUCGAGCGACCGGAGCUCCGACCAUUGAUCCUGCAGCCUGAGCAAUGGGAGUUGCUCCGAUCACUUAAUGGGGUUCUUGAGGUGUUCACGGAGGUCACACUCCAGAUGUCAAAAUCAUCGACCCCAACGCUUCCGUGGGUGUUGCCCAUGUAUGAGCUUAUGCUGGCGCAUCUAAAGGCAUGUCGCGAUGACUUGAAUCUGCCAUUUGAGCUUCGCACAGCUGCGACAGCAGGUUUGCUCAAGCUGGAGCAGUAUCACGAGCUUGCGCAAAAAUCACAGUUCAAUAUCAUUUCAACUGUUUUGCAUCCGGCGCUUGGAUGGGCCUGCUGCAACGACACCAGUGGCAGCGGUGGGAGCCAGUCCAAUGGGUGA